GCUCCAGAAGCGUACAACCACGUAAAUAAUAAACGACAUCAUCAAAUCUGUCCAAGUCAUCAAUCAUCUCACCAUUUUCCCAACAACGAAAUAGAAAUUUAAAAUGGCCGAUUCUUCUGAGCCAGUGGCUGAAACGCCAUCUCAGAGACAGGCACGCAUUAGGAAGGAAAAGAGAGAAGCAAAAAUUAGAGAUGGGGGAAAUGCAAGGUUGAAUAAGAUUAUUGGGUUGGGUGGUGGUUUACCUAGAGAGGAGGUUCCAGCGCCAGCGCAAACAGCUCCCAAGGCUCCAAACGAUGCGGAUCCAGCUGAAGUAGAUAUUUCGAAUCAUUAUUAUGAACCGCAGACUCGCACGCCGAUCCAGAGGACUCAGAGCGGACAGCAACAACAGCAAUUAAAUGAUGAUCAAUUAAGGCAAAUGAUGCUGGGUAUGGAUCCAGGUUCUUUGGGUGGUGCUCCGGGACAGAAUCCAUUUGGAGGGGCUCCUGGCCAAAAUCCCUUUGCGGGUUUCCCAGGAAUGGGAGGCGCACCCGGCGAAGACGCCGCAAAUGAUCCCAUGAUGCAAAUGUUACAACAGAUGAUGGGAGGAAUGGGCGGGCCACCGGGUGAAGGACAAGCUGGCAUGCCUUCCUUUCCGGGUAUGCCUGGUAUGCCCGGUAUGGGCAUGGAAGGACAAGCUCAAGCCGCUGCUGUUGAUCCCUAUGCAUAUAUUUGGCGCAUAGUCCAUGCUGUUUUCGCACUAUCGCUCGGCUUGUACAUAGCACUCACAACGUCAUUUACGGGCACGAAAUAUGCACGCGAGGCGUCGGCCUUGAUGGAUGAUGGAUUGAGCGCGGAUAGUGUGCAUUUCUUUUGGAUCUUUGCAACGACCGAGGUGGUCUUGUUGAGCAGCCGGUUUUAUUUGGAGAAGGGAAAUUCUAUGCCGGCGGGUAUGAUGGGGACAGUGAUGGGUUUCUUGCCGGAGCCUUGGAAGAGUUAUUUGGGCAUGGUCAUGAGAUAUGGACGCAUUUGGGGGACGGUCAGUGGAGAUGCCAUGGUCUGUGUUUUUGUGUUGGGAGUUUGUGCUUGGUUGAGGGGGGGUAACUAAACGGCUAGGCAUAGAUACUGAAGGUUGCUAAUGAUGAUGAUGAUGAUGAUGAUUCCCUAUCGAUAUGAAUUCUGGAUAUCAUGUGUCCAAGGUUUCCCGGUUCUCAUUUCCGCUUGUUGUUUGACACAAUCGACAAAAAUAAAAUCCAUCUGAUUGGAACGAUCACGACGAGAUGAGGAACUACACAUCUCCCGUUCUAGCCAUUUGCCGGGUGAUAUACCGACCAAGAUUUCCUUUCCAGUAUCGUCAUAGGAGUCCGAAAUUAAAUCUAGUCCUCAAAAUUGUGACAAUUCUACGCCUUUUUCUUCUGCAAGUGCAAAUGUCAGCUUUCUAAAAUAGUCUAUUUAUAUAUA